GUGGCCGAGCCGUGGCCCUGCCCGGCAGAAGCUCACAGUCUAGCGCGUAGACCGUGGUCAGCACACGUGUCCGGCCGAGAGAGGGUGCUUGGCGGGCUCGCCUCCAUGUCUGCGGCUGACUGGGAGUGUGGCGUGGACUCGGAUCGCUCCCACGGACCCGGCGCCCCCUGAGUGCCCGCGCUGUCCUGCCCCUCCCCUCGGUUCUGCCGCACUGGCCAUGCCUGUGCCCACAGAGGGGACCCCACUCCCUGUCCCCGUCCCAGCCUACUUCCGCCAUGCCGAACCCGGCUUCUCCCUUAAGAGGCCUGGGGGGCUCAGUCGGAGCCUCCCGCCCCGUCCCCCCGCCAAGGGCAGCCUCCCCUUCAGCCGGCUCUUCCCAGCCCGAACCCCAGGCUGGCACCAGCCGCAGCCCCGGAGGGUGUCCUUCCGAGGUGACAUCCCAGACACGCUGCAGAGCCCCGGCUAUGACCCCCGCCGGCCAGAGUCCUUCUUCCAGCAGAGCUUCCAGAGGCUUGGCCGCCUGGGCCAAGGCUCCUACGGGACAGUCUUCAAGGUGCGCUCCAAGGACGAUGGGAGACUCUAUGCAGUGAAGCGCUCCGUGUCGCCCUUCCGGGGCCCCAAGGACCGGGCACGCAAGCUGGCCGAGGUGUGCGGCCACGAGAAGGUGGGGCAGCACCCGCGCUGCGUGCGGCUGGAGCGAGCCUGGGAGGAGGACGGGCUGCUCUACCUGCAGACGGAGCUGUGCGGCUGCAGCCUGCAGCAGCACUGCGAGGCCUGGGGCGCCGGCCUGCCCGAGGCGCGCAUCUGGGGCUACCUGCGCGACACCCUGCUGGCCCUGGCCCACCUGCACAGCCGCGGCCUCGUCCACCUGGACGUCAAGCCCGCCAACAUCUUCCUUGGGCCCCGGGGCCGCUGCAAGCUGGGAGACUUCGGGCUGCUGGUGGAGCUGGGGGCGGCGGGCGCGGGUGAGGCCCAGGAGGGCGACCCCCGCUACAUGGCCCCCGAGCUGCUGCAGGGAGCCUACGGGACUGCUGCUGACGUGUUCAGCCUGGGGCUCACCAUCCUGGAGGUGGCCUGCAACAUGGAGCUGCCGCGCGGCGGCGAGGGCUGGCAGCAGCUGCGCCAGGGCCACCUGCCCCCCGACUUCACUGCUGGCUUGUCUCCUGAGCUGCGUUCCGUCCUCGUCAUGAUGCUGGAGCCUGACCCCAAGCUGCGGCCCACCGCUGAGGCGCUGCUGGCCUUACCGGCGCUGCGACAGCCGCGGCCCUGGAGCGCCCUGUGGUGUGCGGCGGUGGAGGCCUGGCGCCGAGGCCGGGCCCUUUGGCAGGCUCUGGUCACCCUGCUGUGCUGGCUCUGGCACGGGCUGGCCCACCCUGCACGCUGGCUCCAGCCCCCUGGACCCCCCGCCACACCGCCCAGCUCCCCGCCCUGCAGCCUCCUGGACGGCGGCCUGUCUGGCACCUGGGACGAUGGGAGCAUAGGGCCUUCGCUCUCCCCAGAGAUCCUGGCCAGGGCUGCCAGCACCACCUCCACCCCCCGCAAUGGCUCUGCCUCCCGGAGCAGGGACGCCCUGGACCUAAGUGACAUUGACCCCGAGCCUGCACAGGGCUCCUUCCCCUCCUUUGAGCCACGAAACCUCCUGAGCCUCUUUGAAGAGACCCUAGGCCCCGCCUGA